UCGUGGAUAACCUCAACUUUCGGUUCCAAAAACGGAGGUAACUUUCUGGUUAUGUAUGUAACCAUAGCAACUGACUCUCUGAAGAUAACCUGCUCGGGAGCAGGUUAUGUUUCAGUGUAACUUCGGCGUGCCCUUUUGAUGAGGAUCCUUUGGACGUAGAAGCACAAAAUAUACGAGUAUUUUUCGUCGGGAGAGGGUUAUAAGACCAAGUAUUGAUGUUUGCAUACCCUAAUGAAUAUUUGAAAGAGCGUUAUCGUUUCUCAAAAAAUUCGUUCGUUUAUUUAACACGUCUUUUAAAACCGCAUAUCGCAAAUGUGACAAACCGCGCGGUUCUGCGCUUAGCACAGAAAACAUUUUUUGUACAGUGUGGGCGAUUAGGGGCAUGUGGGAAAGGCGACUGGAUUCCAAAUGUAAUUGGGUGCAUUGAUGGCACUCACAUUCCUAUUAAAGCUCCACCAAUAAAUGAGGGAGACUGUGUUAAUAGGAAAUCUAUUCAUAGUAUCAAUGUGCAGGUAAUAUGUGAGGCAACCCAAAUCAUUACCAUUGUCGAGGCAAAAUGGCCAGGAUCUGUGCAUGAUGCCAGAAUUUACCAGACAUUUCAGCAGGGCAUGUUUUGCUUUAUACAAUUUUUAUUUUUUUUCCUUUUUACUAUAUUUGUGUUGUACAUUUCAAUCAUUACAGGACAGUACAAUGGUUAUUUGCUGGGGGACAGAGGAUACCCUUGUCUGCCCUAUUUAAUGACACCCUACUCUGAACCUGAGCCUGGACCACAGACACGGUUUAACCUGCCUCACAGCCGAACACGGGCCAAGGUGGAGAUGACUAUAGGGAUCCUCAAAUCUCGGUUUCAGAGUCUGCGUGGGCUCCGGGUUAGUCCAGAGAGGGCAUGCGACAUUAUAGUAGCUUGUGUUGUGCUUCACAAUAUUGCCACUAUAAGAGGAGAGAGCCACCCUCCUUGUAUUGAGGAAGAUGGCCCAGAGGAACACCUACAGAUUUUAGAGGCUAACAGAGACGGAAGACUUUUGAAAGACAGGAUCUGUCAAAAUCACUUAUUAAUUUUUUUGCACUGGUCUGCCAGGCAGUGUAUUUCUUUAUUUCCUGUAAAAUUCAAUAAAAUAAUUAUUUAUAUUGCUUUACACAUACACACACACACACACACACACACACACACACUUCUUGUCGCUCCAGAAGGAUUACAGCUUAUUAAAUAA